GGAUUGUUGACCAGGUGCGUUUCGCUGGAGGUGUGUAUAGAACCCCACCCAGGCGUCCUUAAACGAUAUGUGUACGGAUACUUGUACAUAUUCAGUCCGCUUCACAAGGUCCUCGCACCACCAUCUGUUUCCAGACAACAUCAUUCAUACCCAGGCUACCAGUUCACCAAACUCAGGCGUGGAUAUGACAUCCUGGGAUGCCAUAGCUGUGGCAACCAACGACGCUGAACGCAAUGCAUUCUACAGCAAAUUCCUCGGCGCAGAGCCUGAAAUCGCGGCCUUUGUUGACCACCGCCUGGGCUGGGGCGGAGCCGGAAAGUACAAGGAAUGGCUGAAGGGAUCGUUUAACCUCAGUGCCGUCAUCGAACAUUGCGGCAACGGAAAUCGUGCUCUCAUUCGCUUCCCUAUCCCGGGGCGCAUAUAUGAACCGUGAGGGCUGAAAAGGUCGCGAAUGAGGCGAUGGUUAUCGACUAUCUUCGUGAACAAACCACCAUCCCCGUCCCUCGUGUGCUCUCCUGGGGUUUUGCUGAAGAGAGCCCACAGCAACUCGGGCCUUUCAUCAUUAUGGAUUUCGCCGAAGGGGAUUGUCUGGCUAGU